GUGAAGUGCUGUACAAUAUGGCGGACGAGAUUAUGGCGUUCUUCGAUAUUCGGCUGGCGGGCUGCGAUCCUUUCAAUACGCACGGCACGAUCGAAGUUUGCGGCAACGAACAGUUCAUGCUUGGCAGAGACUCGAACUGUCGUUACAGCUGGCAUGACGACUUUACGAUCUCCAGAGAGCAUCUUCGCGUCCAUUGCAUUCUGUACGAACAAGAUCCGAUUGCUGACAUCGCUCCAUUCGUCUAUGCAACCGAUGUUUCAGCUAACGGCACCUACUUAAAGAAGAGCAACGCAGAGUGCAAUGGCUCACAAGGUCGUGGCGUCUUGAUGGGCAAAAACGGCACUUUCCUCCUCGACGAUGGAGACGAGCUGCAACUGUCAGAGACCGUCACUUUGAUCUACCACUCAUUCGGAACGGUCAAACACUGCGUUCUCACGUCGAUGCAGGAGCGCGAGAAGUUGAGUCUUGCUUCUCGGUACCUCAUCACUGGCCGCUUGCUCGGCGAAGGUGGGUAUGGCAAAGUGCUCAUUGGCAUCGAUCAGAAGAGUCAGCGCCAGCUUGCUUGCAAGAUCGUUAAUCUCGAGAAGCUUUAUGAUCGGCGUGUUAUCCUGCGUGGACCUACAAGCAAUGGACAGUGGACUUCGAGUCAAGCGAUCAGCCAACUUCCUGAGAAAAUCCAGAGCUGUUUCCGAGAAUUCGACAUUCUGAAGGAUCUCAGCCAUCCCAACAUCGUCCAUAUACAGAAAGUGUUUUGGAGCCGGAGGACGAUAUAUAUGUUUCAGGAGCUCGUCACCGGUGGCGACCUUUUCUCGUACAUCGAGUACAAGCAAGGCAAGAUCCCAAGCAUCGAGUCAGCAGUCAUCAUUCGGCAAGUCUUGAAGGGCGUGGAAUACCUGCACGGUCAAGACAUUGUGCAUCGCGAUCUGAAGCCUGACAACAUCCUGAUGACCUCGCUCGACAGCGGCGCACGCGUAAUCAUAACAGACUUCGGUAAUGCACGCUUUCUACCCAACGCUAACACUCAACACGACUUAACGGACAGCAAGCUGAGACGAAUGUUCAGCAUUGUGGGCACCUUGGAGUACACUGCACCGGAGAUCCACAGAGCGAACGAGGCGAUUCCCCGCGCUUGGGGUUACUCUUUGAGUGUCGACAUGUGGUCUAUCGGGUCGAUAACGGCAGCUAUACUUACUGGCGAGCAGAUCUUCAGCUGCCGACAAAACGGCCCCUUCGAAGAAGAUGCUCGACGCGUCAUCGUUCAACUUGCUGCGCAAUGCGACCUAAGCGUCCUCGACGAUGAGUAUCAUCCGCUGUGGGGAUCAAUCGCCUCUGCACCGAAAGACUUCAUCAAGCGUCUGCUAGUCUUAGAUGAAGAAGACCGCAUGUCGGCGACAGAGGCUUUGAGCCAUAUCUGGUUCACACAUCCAAUGAUGGCGGCAGAAUUUGAAGCUCAGUACGAACGAUCUAUCAGGAAAUGGCGUCCGCGCCGCAAAGACGACCAACUCAUUGAACAGAUUUCGACCUCGAAGCCAACCCCAAAACCAGUGCAGUCCUUUGAAAGCGCGCCUGCUGACGAGACGGCCUCUUGCUUCUUCAAGCACAAGCAUGCACCGUUCCAGGAGAGCCCCGUCAACGAUCUCGAGUACGCACAUGAGCCACAGACUAAUGAUCAGUUCGCAAGCCAACCCAUGCCCUAUUCUCACGACAACACUUGUGCAGAAGUCAAUCCUCAAGAAUUCUAUCAGAACGACGAAUACACCCAGCUCGAGGGCAACUACGAUGCGGCGCCUCACUGGGCUUCUGACGAUCAACAAACAAACGCCAAGCCAAUUGGAUCUGGUCCUCCGGCACCCCAAUCGAGAAGGUACAAAGUUCCAACCGAAGCGACACCCGGACAGCUUCAACGUGUAGGUACGACCACACGGGGUAGGUACUUCCAGAGGGAGAUCGUUGACCUUGACGAUCUCGACGGACCUGUUCACAGUGUCAGAGAUGAUGGCGUACAUCCGCGAGCUAUUCGAAGAGAGGAAACUGUUCAGGUGCGCACAACUCCGUCUGCAGACAGUGAAGCGUAUGACGGCGUAGACCGAUGGUGGCAUCAUCGCUACCCGCAAACACAGUACCACUACGACACACAGGCAGAGCCUAACACUCAAGAAGAAGAUCAGGUUCUGGCGCAGGAGACUCCUCCAGAGCUAUUUUUGAAGCCUCAGAAGGAUCUAUUUGCUCAUGCUUCCAAGAAAUCGCAAGGAUGUCGGCAAGUGUACGAAGAACCCUUCGCUUACAAGGUCAGCAAGCCGAGGAAGGUAUAUGGCCGACACCAUUGAUCUAAAGAUUUUCUCUACGAAUGAUCUGCGACAUGAUUGACUCUACGAUCUAGCAAAGGAGUGAUAGCAGGCCUGGUAUUUCAAGUGUAUCUCACAAUGUAGCACCGAGGAUUGUCUGCUCAUAUUGCUGACAUGUAGAGGGCAUCCAUUCUGUCGGUCUUAGAAGACAGGCGAUUACUCAGUGCCGUCUUGCCUUGUGCAUUGUGUUAGUUCAGGUCUUCGUUCAUGCUUUUCCCACCCGUCUUUGUUCGGAGACUUCGGUCGAAGAUCACCAAUUGACACGGUGCGAUUGUGUCUCAUUCCACACAUUGUGAGAAUGCUGCACAAUUUUGGUGUUGCUAC